GUGCUGCUUCCAAGUUCUUCUGAAUUGAACCACCGUGAGUGCCGCAAGGUUAUCGCAGAGGAUACAAUUCUAGAAGAUUUUUGAAAGGCGUUCCAGAAAGAAAAAUAGAAUCUCCAGGAUGACUAACAAAAUACAGAAAGAAAGAAUAUGGAUCAAACGGAAUAUCAUCGUCCCAAACGGAACAUCAUCAAACCACGACGAUUUCAAACUACAUCAUCUUCGGACGAGGCAGAUACAGGAAAAAAGACGAUGGAGCUACAAGGCAGUCAAUUAGAAGAAGAUGUCGCUGAGUUACGGGGAGUAUUAGAGAAUCAUUCUCCCGAUAUAAAUAUGCAUGCUCAUCAUUCACUCACUUACGCACAAUCUAGUGACACAACACACUCACAAACUAACGCACAAUCAACCGUUACACAACACAACAGUUACACAACACAAGCAUUUUGCCCCAAUGUCACAUCACACUCAACUUACGCACAACCAUUAACAGUCACCCACACAACACAAGCACCUUUUAUGCACGAAACAUCACAAUCAUUAUCCUACGCACGACAGAGUUUUCAUCUAGACUCUCAUUCUUCUCAACAACAUACAACACAAACAUUUACACAUGAACCACAUGCAUCUGUCACUUAUACACAACUUGAUAACAGAUUAAAUACACCACGUAACAUUCAGUUGCAGGCUUCAAACAUCUGGCCAACUUCAAGUUAUCUGCCAAGUUCUUCGUCAUCAGUACGAGCUGCAGGAGAAUUUAAUGAUGUGAGACUAGAAAUUCAAGCCAUACAUGGGAAAAUAAAUCUGUUAACUUCAGAAGUUCAAAAAAUACAUCAAAAGUUGGAAAAGGUAUUGACACAGAUGAGCAAUAGCCGAAGACAUAUGCCCGAAAAGCCAAUAUUUUUGCCAAUAUCAUCUGUUGAAGACAUUGAGAAAUUUGAAACGGCCAAUGAUGAAGAAUACAUGAAAUUGUUGAAUUAUUUGAUUUUUAUUGGUGGUCUCAAUGUAAAAGAAAGUAUUAAUUUAUGUGUGAGAGAAAUAUUCCAAGAUUCUUUGAUGACCUUCUACACUUGGUUUGGCCGUGAAGAAAAUCAACGACCCCUAUAUAAUACCCGCUUAGUAAAAGCUAUUUACGAUGCCAUCUGUGAAAAUAAAAAUUUUGAAAGACCAAUGCGGGCUGCAUUUCAAACAUAUAUGCGGGAUGCUGUGCGAACGGCCAAGCAAAGACACAGGAACAAGGCCCGCAACAAUUUACGUCAUCCGGAAAGAGGAAAUAGAAACGAGAGAGCACUAUGGAGCGACGAACACGAUGAGAUACAAGCACAUGAAAAUUAGGAAGAAAGAAGAUCAAAAUAUCAGUUCUUGAGGAUGUACAAGCAACUUUCAUGUGAACAAUGAUUCAUAUUGAAUGAAUAUUGUUUUCACAUACGAAAAUUGUUCAUAUAUACUCAAGAAUUGGGAUCCAGAAAGAAGCGAGAGGAAAACGGCGGCCUGAGGACAAGGACAAGGACAAAGACAAGGACAAGGACAGACAAGGAAAAUCAUCGAUCAAUCGGCACUUUUUAGCGCCAAAUGGCACUUUUCAUUGGCCAAACGGCAUUGAAAGUGCCACAUUUUUAAUUGUUCAACGUGGAAUUCGCCUCGAUUCACAAAAUCGGCACUUUUUAGUGCCAAAUAAAAUUCACCUUAAUUCGCAAAAUCGGCAUUUUUUAAUGCCAAAUAGAAUUCCAUUUUCAAAAUUAGCACUUUUCAAUGUCACUGUAAACUUAUUUCGUAAAUAUGAACGAUAAUGUUACUAUCGUUAUAUAUUAAUGUGCAUGUAUAAUGACAUGUCAAAAUACAUGCACAACACGUAAUGAUAGUGAUAUUAUCGUUCAAAGUUACAGAAGAAGCCUACAGUUAUUAUACGUUCAUCUCCACGAUUGAUCAAUCAAAUAUUGGAGAUGAACGUAACACGUUCAUCUCCAAUAUUUGAUUGAUCAAUCAGAAAUCUUUGACCAAUAAAGACAAAGAUUUCCGAUUGGUCAAUCAAAUGUUUUCAAGUACUUUAGCCAACUUGACAAUCCAAUUAAAACUUUCAUAAGUUGUUUCCUUAUUAAUCAUUAAUUGCAUUAAUAACAAUAAUGUUAAAAAUAAUUUAACUAGAUAAUAGAUUAAUAACGAAAUUAAUAACUAUCACACAUGUAAUAUAAAUUUGUGUUUGUUUCCUAGAAAAGAGAACGAGACAGAUUGCGCCAAUCAAUCCUUCAGUAUCGAAUCCAGCUUUCACAUUAAAGGAGUUUGAGUGUUCGUUUGAAGAAUCAUCUGCAAAUUACUGGUUAUUACUCUAAGAAUGAAAAUAGAAGCCUAAUUAACUGUUAUCGGCACAGAAAUUUACGAGAGGCAGAACUAUAGAAGCAAAAAAAGCGAAAAAAUCCAUAGUCCACAAUAGUUGAAUCAACAAAUAAAAUAUUGGUGUUAGCUGAGAACUCCUAAAACGAAAUUGACGUUGUUCAUCUUGGCUCAAGCUCAACGAUCAAUUAAAAUAAAGAAAAGCCAAAUAAAAAAUUUCUGUUAUUCAAUUAGUAAAUAUAUCAUCGAUGACUCCUGAAAAAUUCAACCAAUCGAUGUCGCAUGAGAUGAAAUAAUUGAAACAAUCUUUCUUUCGCUAUUAGACAAUUGUGCUUUACUUCACGCGUUUCUAUUAUGUAAAUAUAAAGA